AUGGCCGCGACUGGGGCCACGGCCAAGUCAGCCACACACGACGCCCUGAUUUCCAUCCUCCGCCCCGUAGAGACCUGGGACCCCGUCCACGCCAUAGACGUCGAUCCCAUGGCCACUUUCGAAGGCAAGCCUGUCAACUACUCCGUCAUCAUUGCCUACCAGCCUCCCAAGGCUGCCCCAGAACGCAAAAGGGCAGAAGUCCAAGCCCUUCUGGACCUCAAGAGACCAAAGACUCAAGCUAAUGAAGGCCGAGCCGAUGAGCUGCUACAACUCCGGCAACCCGGGUAUAGCAGAACCAGCUGCAGCCAGGCAAAGACGGCUUCUGUGGCGAGCUGA